CUGGUCUCAAAUUCCUGACCUCAAGGGAUUCUCCCACGUCAGCCUCCCAAAGUGCUGGGAUUACAGGUAAUCCCUGAAGAUGGCAGAGGCUCACCAAGCCGUGGCCUUUCAGUUCACGGUCACCCCGGACGGGAUCGACCUACGGCUGAGCCAUGAAGCCCUGAAGCAAAUCUAUCUCUCUGGACUUCACUCCUGGAAAAAGAAGUUCAUCCGAUUCAAGAAUGGCAUCAUCACCGGCGUGUACCCGGCCAGUCCCUCCAGCUGGCUUAUCGUGGUGGUGGGCGUGAUGUCCACCAUGUACGCCAAGAUCGACCCCUCGUUGGGCCUCAUUGCCAAGAUCAAUCGCACCCUGGACACGACCGCCUGCAUGUCCAGCGAGACGAAGCAGGUGGUCAGCGGCGUGCUGUUCGGCACGGGACUCUGGGUGGCUCUCAUUGUCACCAUGCGCUACUCCCUGAAGGUGCUGCUGUCCUACCAUGGCUGGAUGUUUGCCGAGCACGGCAAGAUGAGCCGUGCCACCAAGAUCUGGAUGGGUAUGGUGAAGGUCUUUUCGGGCCGGAAACCCAUGCUGUACAGUUUCCAGACUUCGCUUCCGCGCCUGCCUGUCCCCACCGUCAAGGACACCAUGAGCAGGUAUCUGGAGUCGGUGAAACCUCUCAUGAAGGAAGAAGACUUCAAACGGAUGACGACUUUGGCAGAAGAUUUUGCUGUUAACCUGGGACCCAAACUGCAGUGGUAUUUGAAGCUGAAAUCCUGGUGGGCCACAAAUUACGUGAGCGACUGGUGGGAGGAGUACAUCUACCUGCGAGGACGAGGCCCGCUGAUGGUAAACAGCAACUACUACGCCAUGGAUCUGCUGUAUAUCAUCCCGACGCACAUUCAGGCCGCCAGGGCAGGCAACGCCAUCCACGCCAUCCUCCUCUACAGACGCAAGCUGGACCGGGAAGAAAUCAAACCG